AUACUUGUGUUGACAAAGACAGUAGGUUGAUCAACAGUGCAGGCGGUUUUGACGUGGUGAUGGUGACUUGGAAGAAGGUGAACACUGUAUAUUCAGUUCUCAGCCAACAUUUCCUCAUGCACAUGUCCUCUGUGCGUACCAUGGACACAGGCAUUGCCUAUCUGCUGGUCACACUGUGCCUGACUACUGGAGUAGGUGGUUCCCUGAAUUCUUGUUUGGCGAAUGGGUUAAUCAAAGAAGGAAAAUAUCUUCAACAUUCAGACUUCGCUGAAGAACGACACACCUCAAUAUUUUCAUGUGCUGUGGAAUGCUAUAAAUAUGGAUUUUGCGAAUCCUUCAACUUUAAUACGAAAACAAAAUCUUGCUCUCUAAACUUUGAAGAUGAUAUCCUGAGACCUGAAAACUUGAUUGCUGCAGAGGAUUCUGUGUACAGUAGUAUUGCUGGAUGGCAACUGGUGACGGCCUCAGGGCCUUGUAUCAACCAGACCUGUGGGAAGCAUGAGAAGUGUGUGGUAACACGUGUGUCCAGCACUGUCUGUGAGACCAGUACGUCCUAUGGGUCUACCUACACCACAGAGUUCAUCAUCUCCACCUCGAAACUCAACUGGGCAGACUCAGCAGCUGAAUGCCAGCGACAACACGGGACCUUGGCCUUCAUCGACACUCCCAAGAAACGACAGGACGUAGAAACCCUUAUAAGAGGGAAAGGUUUGACGGAGUAUGUGUGGUUGGGGGCGUCGGAUGUUGAGACAGAAGACACGUGGGUGUGGCUGGAUGGACGACAACUCGACUUCACUGCCUGGUCAAUAUUUAACACACAGCCGAACAACUACGGGAAUCAGGACUGUCUUUCCGUCAUUUACAACGAUACUAUUCGGUAUUUGGACUGGUUUGAUAACGAAUGUUUUCUGAAACAAUAUUUCCUGUGCGAAUUCAUUCGGAAGCUAUAGAAACAGGACUAACUUCUCCGAAUUGAUACCAAAGCUAUAGAUGUUAUGGUUUUCGUAUUGGAUGAUCAAAUACAAUAAUCUUAAACACGUAUUUUCUAUAAGUAAACUGUUAAGCUGUUGUAUAUGUGAAUAACACUAUACUUUAGGCAAUAUGUCCUGAUACAUGUUGAAUGUUGAAUAAAAUGAAUUUAAUGAUAAAUUAUUCUAUUUCUGUUAGUUCAACAAUGUUUCCAACAAUGAAGUCUCCAUUUGAACGUUUGCUUAUUGCCUUCUACCGAAUAUAGUGUGUUGUGUGGCAGUGAAACAAUGCUCCAAGUGUAAUACACUGUGCAUGUGAUA